UGUGGAGAAAAGUGUUACACUGGAGCAGUUACUUGAGACUGGCAAAGACUUGUUCUUUCCAAACGGACAAUCUUCCAAAGGACCAGUGGAAGAUUUCAGUUUUGAUAUUCGGGAUUUUAGCCACAGCAGCGUACCCCUUGAGAGCACAGUCAGCCAGCUGUACAACCAGACGAAACUACGAAUGCUACGCAUCUACAUCUGCUCCAGGGAAAGGGAUAAAGUAUAUCAUAAAGACGUCUCAGUACUUUCUGAUACAUCUUCAGACUUCGAGCCUACAGAGGUCAGCCCAAUGAAGAUGGGAGAUCCGAGCAGGCAGUCAAGACAAACCCCUCCUCAGAUGACAGAGGUCCUUGACUCUUCAUCUCAUGAUGAUGUUGGCAGUCAUACUGGCCAGACGAAAAGCGGGCUUGAAUCUGAAGACGACUGUGUCAUUUUUGUAUCAAAUGAAGAUGCAGACAAGUUGCCAAGUGAGGAGUCAGAUUUUGUUCUUACCCUCGACAAUGAGGAAACCUUUGAUGGCUCUGAAAUACAAUUUGGACCCAUUUCUGGUUAUGAUGGUGAUGAUCUAGACUCCACUCUACCCUGGAAUCCUGAUGACCUCAGCGCUAUGCAGCAUUCAUCACUGAACAACGGACCUGAUGUUUUAAACAGGAUUCUUCAAUCACCGGAGCAAACUGAAAAAGAAGUCCAACAUGUGAAAUUAAGACGAGUAAACAUAUUUCAAGAUGUGCUUAAUGUUUUUAUGGAACCAAAAGUAUUGAAGGCUGAUUUAAAAAUGGAGUUAAACAAUGAGAAAGCAGUGGACAUUGAUGGUGGAAGUUGUGUGGUUUAA